AUGGCGUCAAAAUCGAAAGAGCGGAAGCUAUACAUCACCCCGAUCUACUCCCUCCCGGCCUCGACACGUCUCUCGACUUCGAACCUCUUCUCGCCAACUGCUCUCGAAAAACCUUCAUUCGAUAUUCGACCCGAAUCUUCGCCGGCUCUUCCAACGUCAAGCCUAUACCGAAAGCAUCAUCAAAAGGAAAUGAGUGGAUAUGUUACUACGGAUGAGGAAUUUCAUGCUCUUCCCCCAGCUUUAAAACGGAAGUAUUUUUCCACUCUGGAGCGCCUUCGAUUCGCACAAAGCUCUAGGUCGAAUGCCUUGAAUGAUCUUCCCGUGCAGACCACCCGUAAGAGCUCGAUUGCGGACCGCCGCGGUUUAAAAAUUUCAGAACUCGAGCCUAGACGCAGGUCUUCCAAACCAUCAAAAAAGAAGAAGGAACAAUCGGUCUCUCAUAGCAAUGAUAAAUCUUGGUAUUUAAGUAAUUACGAAACAUUCCCGGAUACCAUCAAAAGGAAACAAUUCUCGAGCGAAGAACAGGCUGUUUUGUCAGGCAGGAUACGAGAGGCAGUUAUUUUAGAUGCCGCGGACGAAAACCUCAUAAUUCGAAGACGAUCUCGUCGUAAGGCGUCUGAGCCACCGAUACUAUCUCCAAGCUUUAAAAGCUCCGUCUUCAGUGGGAAAACUAGCGGUAGUCGCAGGAGAGCCUCAUUAUCCAGUAUGGCAGAUACGUUUUUUGAUAGCAUCCAUUGGAUUGAUGAAGAGCCUAAAUUGGACCUUCAUUUGGAUGAUUAUCAUGCUUCGAUAUUCCCUUCUCUAAACAGUGAUCGGAAACCAUCAUUUCGACGACAAAUGUCGAUUUCGAAACUUCCAUUUGGAAGAAGUCCCAUACAUUCUCCGGAGCCUAAAUCUCCAAGCAUAAUAUCACCUACCUUCAGCACACAUUCUCGUUCAAAAUCUCGAGGUCUUCCAGCCGGUGGACCAAAGCACGCCGCAAGACACAAAGUUAAUUCCUCCUUAUCAUCGAUCGACCCUAACGCAACACAUUAUCAAGAUCCUGAAGCACGACUAAAACUACGAGUUUACUUAGCAUCACCACAAAAAUUUGACGAAAUAAUCGAGUUUGGAUUUCCAUCUAUGGACGCCACAGUGGGAACACCAGACAGGGAGAAUAGACCCCCGAAAUUAAUAUCCAGACGCUCGUCGAGGGAUAUGUUGAGGAAGAAAAUAUCGAGUCCGGCAUUUGAGCACACAUUCUUUAACGACGACACAGCUUCAUUAUUCGAAGACGAUAGAUCAAUGGCUGACUCCGACGCACCUAUAACACCACUAGAAUACGAAAGCGGAUUUCCAUCACAGCGAUCCCCAUCAUAUUAUUACGGCAAACCUCUUGCAGAUUACCAGCCAGGCAAUACUAAACUACCCGGCAAACAGCAAGAUUCAUAUACGCAAUGUAUGGCAGGAAAUCGGGAACCCACCUUAAGAAUGACACUUACACGGCAGGACCUCCGAGAUGAAAGUGCUAUAUACGGAUGGCAAUCCAAAGAGCCGCUAAUAAUGGAAGAUGUGGAAAAUCAAAAAUGUUUACGGCCCAUAGGCGGAGUGGAUAGUUGGGGAUCAAUCGAGAAGGAAAAUGGAGUCGUAAAACGAUUUUGGAAAAAAGUUAAGAGUCAGCGGAAACCGUCGUGA